CGUGGUUCCACGCCCCUGGCCGCGGCCCGGGUGCUGCGCGGCUCCGCUCGGCAGGCGGCGGGCGGGGACCGGGGGCGGGGGCGGCGGCGGCGGCGGCGGCCGGGAGAGCGGAGGAGGCGGAGCAGGGAGCCGGGAGCGGGCUGGCCCGCGCUCCUCCUGCUGGCCGGGGAUUUUCCAGCCUGGGCGCUGACGCCGCGGACCUCCCUGCGGCCGUCGCGGACCAUGGGCGACAAAGGGACACGAGUGUUCAAGAAGGCCAGUCCGAAUGGAAAGCUCACCGUCUACCUGGGAAAGCGGGACUUUGUGGACCACAUCGACCUAGUGGACCCUGUGGAUGGUGUGGUCCUGGUGGAUCCUGAGUAUCUGAAAGAGAGGAGAGUCUAUGUGACGCUGACCUGCGCCUUCCGCUAUGGCCGGGAGGACUUGGAUGUUCUGGGCCUGACCUUUCGCAAGGACCUGUUUGUGGCCAACGUGCAGUCCUUUCCACCGGCCCCCGAGGACAAGAAGCCCCUGACGCGGCUGCAGGAGCGCCUCAUCAAGAAGCUGGGCGAGCACGCCUACCCUUUCACCUUUGAGAUCCCUCCAAACCUUCCAUGCUCUGUGACAUUGCAGCCGGGCCCCGAAGACACGGGGAAGGCUUGCGGUGUGGACUAUGAAGUCAAAGCCUUCUGUGCGGAGAAUCUGGAGGAGAAGAUCCACAAGCGGAAUUCUGUGCGUCUGGUCAUCCGGAAAGUUCAGUAUGCCCCAGAGAGGCCUGGUCCCCAGCCCACAGCCGAGACCACCAGGCAGUUCCUCAUGUCGGACAAGCCCUUGCACCUAGAGGCCUCCCUGGAUAAGGAGAUCUAUUACCAUGGAGAACCCAUCAGCGUCAACGUCCACGUCACCAACAACACCAACAAGAUGGUGAAGAAGAUCAAGAUCUCAGUGCGCCAGUAUGCAGACAUCUGCCUUUAGUACAAGUGCCCUGUUGCCAUGGAAGAGGCUGAUGACACUGUGGCACCCAGCUCGACGUUCUGCAAGGUCUACACACUGACCCCCUUCCUGGCCAACAACCGCGAGAAGCGGGGCCUCGCCCUGGAUGGGAAGCUCAAGCAUGAAGACACGAACUUGGCCUCUAGCACCCUGUUGAGGGAAGGCGCCAACCGUGAGAUCCUGGGGAUCAUCGUUUCCUACAAAGUGAAAGUGAAGCUGGUGGUGUCUCGGGGCGGCCUGUUGGGAGAUCUUGCAUCCAGUGAUGUGGCCGUGGAACUGCCCUUCACCCUAAUGCACCCCAAGCCCAAAGAGGAACCCCCGCAUCGGGAAGUUCCAGAGAACGAGACGCCAGUAGAUACCAAUCUCAUAGAACUUGACACAAAUGAUGACGACAUUGUAUUUGAGGACUUUGCCCGUCAGAGACUGAAAGGCAUGAAGGAUGACAAGGAGGAAGAGGAGGACGGUACCGGCUCUCCACAGCUCAACAACAGAUAGACGGGCCGGCCCUGCCUCCACGCGGCUCCAGCUCCACUCUCAUGCACUCGGAUGCUUAUUCGUCUUCUUCCCAUUCUGGUUUCUCCUCCCCUUUGUUCUUCCAAUUUCUACCAGGGGACCCCCGUGGCCUUCCGGAUCAUGGUGAUGAACCUCUGGGCUCAGGAUUGGCCCCAAGUCACCAUGCCAACAGGACCACAGCGCUCCGGCUCUACCCCGUCUCUGCCGGCACCUCCCCACUCCCCUGCUUUUCAUGCUGUCUCCCAGAAAAGCUUCCAGGGCUCUGGCCUUGGAACUGGACUUGAGAUGGGGAGCAGACAGGGGAGGAUGGGGCAUGCGUGUGGUGGGCAUGAGGGCUUGGAGGGGUGGGGAUGAGGGCUCAAGACACACGGGAAGAUGUCCACGGUCCCAGGCAGUUAACACGGUUCUGGCAGCUAAAAGAUGACGCAUUGAAGGCCACCUCCUUCUGGCUGGGAGGGGCAGAACUGUGGACAGAUUCUCAAUGCCUUUUUGAAGUUCUGACCCACCAAAGACCUUCCACCUUCACCCUCCUUCCCACCUGAUGUCCCCCUGUGUCUGAUAGUGACAUCGAUGAAAGUUCGUAGACCCCAGGAGUACAGAAAAGCAACUGGACUGACUCCUACCAGCAGCUACCUAGACUGAGGCAAGCUGCGUGGACCCGCCCAAGUCUAUUUCAGUACUUUCAGGCUGUGACAUCUUAGCUACUUUGUAUUUAAUGUGCAUGGACCUGUCUAGAGACAUGCACAGAGAGAAAGGCAGAGAGAGGGAGGGAGGGAGGGGGUCUUCAGCAAGCACCAGCCCCCGGCAGAGUGAGCUGAAGCUCCUGAGGAGAGUUCUCAAAGUUGGGGGCACUCGGAGAUGGGGACAGGGGGAGGGGAGAGGGGAGUCUGUCUUAUGUCCCUUCCUUAUGGACUUCACAUGGUCAUGCAGGAAGCAAGGCUGGGGGUCCAGCAGGGGCCGAGGCCACUAGUGUCUCCCGCAUCCCCCUGCCAUUCCCAGGGCUGGACUGACCCUGCGGACUGGGAGGGAGAGGCUGAGGCCACGAUGCCACAGUCAAAGGGGUCCUACCCCAGAAGCUGGCAGCAUCCAUUGAGAUAUCCUCACCCAAAGGGAAGGAGGCUGCUGGGGCAAAGAAGCCCCUUCUUUUCUUGGGGAGUUGAUGACCUCCAGUAGUUCCCAGUGUCAUGGGUACCCAGUACACACACACUGGUGUUGGUGUGAUUAAGACCUGGGGCAUUUCCUGGGGCAAGAGGCCAGAUGGGAGACAAGGUAGAAAGUGUUAGGAGUUAUCCUCCUUGCCUGGCCUUUGAGAAUAACUUGCUGUGUGACCUUGGACACGUUCCUUCCCCUCUCUGGCCCUCAGUUUCUCACUUGGUAAAGCAAAGAGCUUGACCAGAUGAUCACAAUGGGCCCUCCUAGCUCUAGCCACCAAGAAUCUGUGAACAUUAGAGCUCCUGGUCUGGUGAGUGGAGCGAAAGCUGCAGACUGGCCUCUCUGCCUCCAGAGGGGACUUACUGGACCUCAGAGGUGACAGGGCCCUAUGGAGCACCAACUGCCCUGAACCCCACCCCCCGCCCAGGACUGGAAAGGGAUUGAUGUCAGGCUGUGGCCAUAGCUAGUAUGAGGUGCUCAAGGAGGGACAGAGCAUGUAUUUGCUGAGGCUUAGCUGAGGGACUUGUGAUAGGGCCUCCAGUACCUCACAGCUCCCUGUGGACGCAGACACCCUGAGGCUUACCCAAGCAAAUAUAUUGAUUAGCAGGACAAGAGCUCUUUCCUCAAUUUCUGCUCCCUUCCAUCUCUGUCCCAUACUUGUCUGAAAAGAGAGAGAGAAAAAUCUUGUACCAGUGG